UCAGGGGAAGAGGAGAAGAGACCUACGGAGUUUAUGAAGAUUGGAGAAGCCAUGAUGAGAGAAGGGAAGGAUCACUCCCAACAUUUCGAGUCUCAAUCAUUUCCAGGCUGUAGCUGCUGAGCACACAGAGCAGGAGCUGGCAAAAGCCACAGCUGUGCCCUUCCUAUGAAGUUGCUUGGAGGCAGCAGGGGAGAAGAGGGCCUCAUUGGCUCCUAGGCCAUCAAGACCACUAAGAGGGUUCCCGUGGACCUACAUAGGAGAAAGGAGCCACAACAACUAGAAAAAAAGAGCAACUCAGAGGCUGGAGGGGAGCAUGGAGGAGAAAGAAAUGAAUGAUGGAUCACAGAUAGUCAGGUCCCAGGAAUCACUGACAUUUCAGGAUGUGGCUGUGGACUUCACCAGGGAGGAGUGGGAACAGCUGUACCCUGCUCAGAAGAACCUCUACCGAGACGUAAUGCUGGAAAACUACAGGAAUCUGGUUGCACUGGGGCAUCAACUUUAUAAGCCAGAGGUGAUCGCUCAGUUGGAGCAAGAGGAGCAGUGGACAAUAGAAAGACACAGCCCUGUAGACACUCAUCCAGAUGGGGAGAACAGACAUGAAAUCAAAAAGUCAAUUCCAAACCAGAAUAUUUCUGAUGAAAAUCAAACCCAGGACAUGAUAAUGGAAAGACUAACAGGAGACAGUUUCUGGUACUCCAUCUUAAGAGGACUCUGGGAUUUUGAUUACCAGUUAGAGUUUAACCAAGAAAACCAGCAGAGACAUUUGGGACAAGUGUCUUUCACCAACAAAAAGAUCACACAGGAGAGAAGUCUUGAAUGUAAUACAUUUGCAGAAAACUGUAAUCUGAAUUCCAACCUUAUUAUGUAUCAGAGAAUUCCUUCAAUUAAAAUACCCCUUAAUUCUGACAUACAAGGAAAUAGCAUCAGACAUAAUUCAGACUUGAUUUACUAUCAGGGAAACUAUGUAAGAGAGAAUCCCUAUGAAUAUAAGAAGUAUGGGAAAAUCUUCAAUCAACAUGUUCUUCUUACUAACCAUAUUCAUGCUAGAGAGAAACCCAGUGAAUGUGGAAAGGCCUUCAGACACAGCCCAUCUCUUACCCAAUCUCAGAUAGUCCUUACAGGAGAGAAGCCCUAUAAAUGUGAUGAAUGUGGGAAAAGAUUCAGCCAGAGGAUACAUCUUAUUCAACAUCAGAGAAUUCACACAGGAGAAAAACCUUUCAUAUGCAAUGAAUGUGGGAAAGCCUUCCGUCAACAUUCAUCCUUUACUCAACAUCUUAGAAUUCAUACUGGAGAGAAGCCCUAUAAAUGUAGUCAAUGUGGUAAAGCCUUUAGCCGCAUCACAUCCCUUACUGAGCAUCAUAGACUUCAUACUGGAGAGAAACCUUAUGAAUGUAGUUUUUGUGGCAAAUCCUUCAGCCAGAGGUCACAUCUUAACCAACAUGAAAGAACUCAUACAGGAGAGAAACCCUAUAAAUGUAAUGAAUGUGGGAAAGCUUUUAGCCAGAGUGCACACCUUAAUCAACAUAGGAAAAUCCAUACUCGGGAGAAAUUAUGUGAAUAUAAAUGUGAAAAAACCUUAAGCCACUGCCCUUCACUUACUCAGAAGCACAUAAUUCAUGGUGUGGGAAAUCAUAUGAAUAUAUGAAUGUAGGAAAUUUUUGGUCAGACCUUUUCAUCCCAUUCAAUUUCAAACCAUUCAUAAAUUUUUAACUCAUAGAAACCAAAUAACCUUAAGCUAGCUGCAUAUUACAAUCCCAGGAGAGGUUACAAGUAGUGAAAAUAAUUUAUUUUAUAAACAGGGUUGUAUUAGGAGUCAUGUUCCAAAUCUGAUAUAAAACUUUUUAAAAUUUUUAAAGAAAUGACCAGAAAUCCUGUAAGUGAUAAGCUAUAAUUAUUCACCUAUAAGUUUUAUGGUAUAAAGCUUUUAAAUCAUAUAAACAUUGAUCAAUCAGAAGGCAAUGCUGUAGUGUAAGCAGUCACAUAAACUUGAAAUAAACAUAAAAGAACAUUUUUUUGUGUGUGUACGGCUGGCUGGGACAGGCAUCCAAACCCUU